CGGACCUCAGCAACGAUAGCAUGACAAAAUAAGUUAGAAACCCUAGAUUUCAUAAACCCUUCACACGUUCAGGUUCAAAACGCUGUUUGCUCUCUUCAGGUAAUCGAUGGAGGAUAAACUGGCCACGGCGGAGAAGAAGGUACUUGUUGAACUCGUAAAACAUGCUCAGAAACGAGGAAUGCAGGGUUCUCAAGGAGGUUGGAAGGACUUCUUAAAGAUUUAUGAUAAAAAGCUAGGUUCCAGCGUAAGUGAUCCCGCUAGGAAGUCUAAUGAUGCAUUACUUUCUUUUCUCAAGACAUUCACAGAAGAGAAUGAUCAGCAGUUUUUUGCUAAAGUACUACAAUGGCAUCUAAAUCGUGAUGUGUUGGUGCAAUUCAGAAAAGAAUCUCCGGAAAAUGAAACUCCUGAGCAGAGGCUGGUCCGUAUAACUCUUGAGCACGUACAGUACCCAUUUGAUUACAUGUUCCCAUCACAUGAAGCGGAGUGGGUGGUGACAAAGCUUGGCAAAAAAUCUAAGGUAAUGAGAUCAAGUCUAAUGCUUGCUCUUGAUUGCGAGAUGGUUCUUUGUGAAGAUGGAACUGAAGCUGUGGUCAAGGUGUGUGUUGUGGAUCGUUAUCAACAGGAGAAACUUAAUAAACUUGUAAACCCUAACAAAGCAGUUGCAGAUUAUAGAACAGAGAUUACUGGAAUUACCGCUGAAGAUUUGGAUGGAGUGUCUUGUUCAUUAGCAGAUAUACAGAAAUCCUUAAAGAAGCUAUUGUCACAUGGAAUUAUCUUGGUGGGGCACAGUUUAAAUAAUGACCUGAAAGCUCUAAAGUUAGACCAUGCAAGAGUGGUUGACACCUCCUACAUCUUCAAAUAUUCGGAUGGACCUAUUUUCAAAAGACCUUCUUUGCAUAAUUUGUGCAAGUCUGUGCUAGGGUAUGAACUCAGGAAGGAAGGUGCGCCACACAAUUGUUUAGAUGAUGCACGUGCAGCCAUGAAACUCGCUCUUGCUAGGAUAGAACAUGGAGUUGAUAAUAUAUCCUUUGCAGAAGAGGAUGUGAUGGAAACUGAGAUGGCAAAGCUACUUCUUCAUAGAAUACCAAUCAAUGUACCAACUGAAGAAUUGAAAAAAGUCUUGCCUGGGGCCUUCACAGUUGAAGUCAAGGCAUCUAAGAAAGCUCAAGCAGAAAAAUAUUGUGCGUUUGCUAUCUUCAAGAGUUCAUUCGAUGCACUUCAAGCAUUUGAAAAUGUCAAAGGCAUUCAAAACACGGAUUCUUAUGGACGACCUCAGAAAUUAAUCACAUUUCAUCUCAAGACAGGACAGGGUGCCAGUUUGUAUGUUCGCAAAAUGGUGCCUGAUGAUUCCCUUGGUUCAGUAUCUACAGGUAAGAGAGCUGUCCAAGGUGAGGAUUUUAAUGAAUCCAAGAGGCUGAAAAUCGAUCAGAAACCUGAAGAGGAUAUUAGAGCGAACUCAAAUCAGAGUGAGAAGUACCUGAAAGAGAUUGAAAUAUUAAAGCAGGAACUGAGAGACAAGGAGUUAAAUCAGUGUGUUGAUCACUUGAAGGAGAUUGAGAUAUUGAAGCAGCAAUUGAGAGAUAGGGAGCUAAAUCAGUGUGAUGAUCACUUGAAAGAGAUUGAACUGCGGAAGAAAGAAUUGCGUGAUAAGGAAUUUCACAUUGAUAUGCAGGAUAAGAUGAUAUUGAAACUGAAGAAUGAACUGAAAGCAAUGAAGGAGAGGAGAAAAUGAUCGGAGGCACUGAAAGUAGCAUGCAAUAACCCAGGAGGUGCAGGAUACGCCCUUUAUUAUUAAUUUACCGCCCAUCACCUUGAAGGCAACUUUGGCGAAGACCAAGUGUGUCAAAGAUGCGAGGUAUGCUGUAUUGCUGGUACUUAUGUUACUGGCGUCUGGCUCUGUUUGUGGGAAGGACCUAUUUGAUCAUUCUCAAGGAUGCCUUUUGUUGCUCGUGCGGAUUAUGGUAGGAUCGAGUGAGAAUGAGGUGGAUGCAGAGGUAUUUAUUUGAAUUUCUGGCUUUUAGCUCUUUUUUUUUUUUUGGGGGUGUCUUAAUAUGUUGGCAUGUAAACUAGUUUCCUGGCUCUAGUAUUUUUGAGGCUGAAUUCCCUUAUUUUAUAGGCAAUCUAUGUGGGAAAGGGGCUGUGAAACAUGGGCUGAUCGAAAGCCCAGCCCGCCCAGCAGGGUUAUAGGAGGUUCAGGGAAAAUUAUUUUGACAAUGGGCCGGCCUUGUUGAGAAAUUAAAUGUUUUAGGCUGAGCCUGAUUUAACGGCCCUUACGGCAAA